AUGUCUCCAGGCCCCAGUGACAGCGACCGUCGACUGGAGAGGGAUAUGGCCAAAGACGCAAAUGAUUUCAUCGACCUGAACCCAAGUCCUCGACCAAAAACACGGCACACACUCGCCCCCGAAGCCAUCCUCAAUUUUAAAAACCAAGAUCUCCAGGAUGAAAAUAUGAGACUGAACAUGGAGCUGGAUGCUUUGAAAGAUGAACACGCCCGGAUCUUGGAUCGGCAUCGACUGAUCGACCGGGAGCUUCGAGAGUGCCGAGAUGAUCUCAAGAAAUCAUCUGCUCAAUGCACCACCGUCACGAAUAUCAAUAAGCAACUCGGCGAAGAAAAGAAAAAUCACGCAAAAGAGCGAGCCGAUCUCACAAAAUGCCUCAAGGACGCAGAGAUCAAGUACCAGGAACUCAAGCACGACUCUGACAGCAAACUUUGUGAGCUCCAAGCUAUUGUAUUACACGUAACCAAUGCCAAGGCGGACGUGGACCAAAAAAACAUCGACCUUUUAGCUGAGCAUGACCAUUUGCUCAAAAAGCAUGAAGAGAAUCGGAUGCUCAUUCAAGCGCUGCAGAGCCACAAGGAAGAUUACGAAACCCAGAGCAUAUUCCUGGAGCAGCUCAAGGUCGACUUGGAAUAUUACCAAGAGCAGAACCAGUCCCUCCGUGCGCAGCUCGAGAUCAUAACACCACCCGCGGACGGUCUCACCAGGGCAGAUUCCAAAUCACUCUUCAGCGAGGAAUACGAUCGUCGGCUUGAGCUUGAGGAAAACCAUCGCCAGCUUACAGGCAAACACGAGGGCCUGCUUCAAGCCCACCAUAAGACAAUCAAUCAGCAGCAUCGACUCAAAAAUCACAUCACCCGCCUCACGCAGCUGACGCACCAGCGGCAGGGCGACGGCCGAAUCUCACAGUUGGAGCAAGCCCUGAACCAAUCCGAGAGUGAAAAUAAAGCGCUCCUCCAAAGGAUUGCCGUGCUUGAAAGGCAGCAACAUCUCCCACGCGAUCACGGAGAGGUUGGCGAUGCAAAUAGCACUGCUGAUUCCAACGUCAUCGAAUGCAUCAGAUUGCGGUCCGAACAGCUGUCCUUUGAAAACGAGCAGCUGAAGAAGGAUGCAAUCACCAAGAAUAUGAUGCGCUUGAACGAAACUGAAAAGCUCCGUCUCGCUGAAGUCAAGCUCAACCAAAAGUUGACUGAACUCGAGAAACUCCAAGCCACCUUUGCACAGGUGAAAUUCGAGUUGGAGGAUCUCCGUGCACGCGCAAAUCCUGAUGCCACGGCUGAAAACGGCGACUCAAUACCGUCAGCGGAAAUUAAAGAAAGUAGCAGCUAUGUGCCGCUGAGCCCGACCACUCAGGCCGAUCACCCAAGCCAAAUUGACAACACUGGCGACAUUGUAACUUCGAAUCGGCUGAACGUUGGGUGCCAAACGGAUCCUAUCCUCGAGCCUGAGUCGCGUUCUUACAAACCACUGAAUGACGAGCUCAACUCCCUCCAGGACACAAUGUCGCCAAGUGUCGACCAGUCGGCUCGGAGAGCGAUGCCUCUGCAGAUGGAGGCGAAUCGUGCUCAAGCCGCUCAAAACCUGUCACGCGACCACAGGUCCACGUCCCCAGAGCUCAAACUUGCACCGGACUUACAAACGAAUACCAGCGCCACAAAUCUGAAGCGGCCCCGAUCACCUUCAUGCGACCACGACACGGCUGACCGGUCAAACAUUCAAUCAAGUUCGAAUCCGCGACGGAGGCAAGAGGUUGGCGCUGAUCUUGGAAGUGUCCGUUAUCUCAAGCUCAAUAAUCCGGCAACAGGAAACGAUCAUCAAAAACCUGCUGAUCCAGAAGUGCCAGACGGAACCAGGGUACCAAAGCCCAAAGAAAAGAGGAAAAAAACACAGCCGGGAAACAACGAAGAAAACACAGCAGCCAAGAAAAAGCCGAUUCGAAUCAACGGCGAUCGUCCUGGCGAGUGCAAUCAACAGUAG